UGUAUUUCCAAUGAUCACUUGCAUAGCAUACCCAUCUAGAUGAAUACUAUUCCAGCAGUGACUGAAAACAUACAGGAUCACGGAUUGAAACAUUCUGAAAUGCUCAACUCAAGUGCAAAUACUUCAGGCAACCACUGCACUUACAAUGCAAUAGUAACCAAGCAAGUCAUCCCCCUUGCAUACAGUUUCAUUUUCAUAGGAGGAUUCCUGCUAAACGGCACAGCUGCAUGGAUUUUCCUGCACGUUUCUAGCAAAAAAAGUUUUAUCGUCUAUCUCAAGAACAUUGUUGUUGCUGACCUCAUCAUGAGCCUGACUUUCCCUUUCAAAAUUCUUGCUGAUACAGAAAUUGGGCCUUGGCAACUCAACGUCUUUGUGUGCCAAUAUUCAGCUGUUGUCUUUUACUUAAAUAUGUAUAUUGGAAUAGCAUUUUUUGGCCUCAUUGGUUUUGAUAGGUACUACAAAAUUGUAAAGCCUGGGUUUACAUCCUUUGUUCACACAGUAAAUUACAGCAAGAUUAUCUCCAUAGUCAUAUGGGUAUUGCAAAUGUUUUUAGCAUUGCCCAAUAUUAUGUUAACUAGCGAGUCUCCAAAACAGGGAAAUCCCAAAAAUUGUAUGAGUCUCAAAAGUGAAUUAGGUAAAUACUGGCAUGAGGCUUCAAACUAUAUUUGCCUAGGAAUUUUUUGGAUUGUGUUUUUUCUAUUAACCAUUUUUUACAGUUUGAUAUUAAGAAAAAUAUACAAUUCCUACAAAAAGUUCAGGAGGAAUUCAGAAGCAACCAGGAAAAAAACCAAUCGUAACAUAUUCAGCAUCAUGUUCGUGUUUGUCAUUUGCUUUGUCCCAUAUCAUCUCUGUAGAAUUCCAUACACACUAAGCCAAACCGGAUCAAAAUACACCUGUCAGUCAAAAAGACCUCUGUUCUAUGCAAAGGAAUUCACUUUGUUACUGUCUGCUGCAAAUGUAUGCUUUGAUCCUAUUAUUUAUGUCUUUCUCUGUCAACCCUUUAGAGAAAAAUUAUAUCAAAAACUGAAUCUUAAGUUGGGAGCUACAGGUGACAUAGAAAAUUCUAGAUCUAGAAGGUCAAACACAUUUCGUGAAAGUAUAAAUAUUACAUAAAUUCAGAGAUCUCUUGUGAUAAUAAUGUUGAAAAAUAGUGAAGAUAGCAUAUGGUUAAUAACUGAACUGAAUAAAUAAAAAGCAUAUGCAAGAACAAAUAAGAUUUCAAUAUAAUAAGCAGUUCACAUUUUAUUUCCUACAACAUACCAUACAUGUACUUAUACUCUACUUCAAUUUACUUCAUUCUGUCAUAUGACAGAGUAAGUGAUCUUUCUGUAUUUAAGGAGGACAAAAUAAAAUUACUUGAUUCGAAUCCUGGAGCAUGCCACAUAAGUAGAUAGACCUAAGAAUAGACCAAGAAGCAGCUAUAUCUUGUUAAACUCCUGGGAAGCCAACCAAGAGCAUAAAAGAAAAAACACACCUAGCG